CGCUUUAUCGAUUUACGGUGAAGUUUUAGAGCUUCGCGUAGUGAACUUGGUUCAUUUCGAAGAGCAACAUAAAGAUCGAUGCAUAUACCUAGCCUUUUUCACGAGAAAUAGUUUUUUCGACGGUUCAACGUGUCAAGGAAUUUGUCGAAAACUAACAGAAGUGACUUUUAUCACGAAUGGAUAACUCGAUGUAUUAACCAGUGGAAUAAAUAACCUCUAACGCAGGGGUUACUAUCUUUUUUUGUACAUUGACGAAUAUUUCGUUAGUUAUAACCUAGACUAAAUAAAAUACAAGCCAAUAUGGAUAUCGGGUUCUCAUCGUACCACAAUGGUGGUCCUGCGAGGGAACAAGACCAAGGUAGACUCUCUCAAACGAUUGGCACGUCAAUUUUGAAGAUAUCUCAAAAUGUAUCUUCGAUGCAAAAGAUGGUCAACCAAUUGGGGAGUUCUACAGACUCUCAGGAACUUCGAAAUCAAUUGCAUCAAAUACAACAUUACACGCAGCAGCUGGCAAAAGAUACAAGCGUACAUCUUCGAGACUUGGCUGUAUUAGCUAACAAUUCGGGCUCGACCAGCCCUGGAGAACAAAGGCAGCGUAAGAUGCAAAGGGAACGUCUGCAAGAUGAAUUUACUAGUGCACUGAACUCAUUUCAAGCAGUGCAAAGGCUUGCAGCUUCCAAGGAGAAGGAAAUGGUCAGGAAAGCUAAAGCAAAUGUUGGUAUCGCACCGUACGGAGAAAAGAAACAAGAAACGUUGAUAGAAUUGCAAGAUAGUAGAACUCAGAAACAAAUACAGCAGCAACAAAUGAAAGACGAACAAAAUUUGCGAAUGUUGGAGGAGCAAGAAGCAAGCAUAAGACAAUUGGAGAGUAAUAUCAGCGAUAUUAACCAAAUUUUUAAAGACCUCGGUACUUUAGUAUACGAUCAAGCAGUAGUAAUUGAUUCCAUAGAAGCUUCUGUCGAAAGGACAGAGGUGUCUGUCAGUGAAGGUACUUCACAAGUCAGGCAAGCGAGUAUCUAUAAAACUAAACUGCGCAAGAAAAAAUGUAUACUUGUUAUUAUCGGAGUUGUUAUACUGUCUAUAUUAAUCGGGAUCAUAGUUUGGCGGAGCUCUUAAAUCUAUUCAUGCCGUCGAUGAUACACACGCGCGAGUAGUGAGACGUUAAAGGUGUAGCUGCAUCUUAAUUGCAAGGUACCAUAAGUUGGUGUAUUUUGAUGAAACCCCUAUUUUAAUUACAAAUUGCUUUACGAGUAUCUGGGAAGCAUAGUACUAUCAAAGAGAAUGAACGCAAAGAAACUUGCAUCGUUCUGUAUCUUACCGAUAACAUUCUUGUAAUUGUGAUAAUAAAUGGUGCAAGAUCUAUUUUGCAAGUAAGGUGUACAAUGGCAAGCCUUAGAUUGCCCUGUCCAUUUGUAACUUUCAUUACUCAUUGCAUAAUACUGAUGCGUAAAGACACGUAUAAAAGUAUAUACACAUAUGCAUAGGUCUAUCAGUGGUGUAGUCGUGAUUAAUAUCCCAUAUGGUUUUAUGAAAUAUACUCGGAGAGUAUUGAGAUUCAUUUCAAGCAUUGCUAAUAUGCGCUGUAAAAUGCGAAUCUUACGUGAAGUGUAUGAGUCAGUAUGGAUGGAUAUGUUGAUAUAAUCAUUGUAUAGUAUGUAAACGCGUUUUGAACGUCCUUCGAAGUCUUAUUGAUAAUAACAAGGUGAUCAAUUAAAGAUACGUGAAACAACAAAAGAAUAUGAAUGAAAGAUCGAUGU